GGCCUUUGCAAUAGUAACAAAGUGAGAGACUGUCUUCCCGUCUUACUUUAGUUUACGAUAGCACAUAUAAAAGUCUAGGACGCCUUCAAUGGGAAAUUACAAAUCAAGACCAUCUCAGACGUGCACAGAUGAGUGGAAGAAGAAGGUGGGUGAGUCCUACUCUGUAAUCAUUGAGAAGCUAGAGGAUGACUUCCAGCUUCCAGAGAGUCAGCAGGCAGACCUUAAACUUGCUUUCAGCUCUGAUGAGGCUUUUCAGAAGGUGAACGUGAGCUACCGAACAGAGAAGGGGCUGUCACUGCUGCAUCUCUGCUGCGUAUGUGGAGGAAACAAGGCCCAUAUACGCACCCUGAUUCUUAAAGGCCUGCGUCCUUCUAGACUGAGCAGGAAUGGCUUUACUGCACUUCACCUGGCGGCUUACAAGGACAAUGCAGAGCUGGUGACUGCGCUCCUGCAUGGUGGGUCAGAUGUGCAGCAGGUGGGAUAUGGUGCCCUCACAGCCCUGCAUGUUGCCACUCUGACUGGACAUCACGAGGCCGCAGAUAUACUCCUACAGCAUGGAGCUUAUGUCAACGUACAGGAUGCGGUGUUUUUCACCCCACUGCACAUUGCCUCCUAUCAUGGCCAUGAGCAGGUGGCAAAGCUGCUGCUGAAGUUUGGGGCAGAUGUGAACGUGAGCGGUGAGGUGGGUGACCGGCCGCUUCACUUGGCUGCAGCUAAAGGUUUUCUUGGCAUCAUCAAACUGCUGAUGGGUGAUGGCAGCAAAGCUAAUGUAAAUGCCCAAGACAACGAAGAUCACGUCCCUCUCCACUUCUGUGCCCGUUUUGGCCACCAUGAGAUUGUACGUUUCCUUCUUCAAGGCAGCUCUGAAGUUCAGCCUCACUCUGUCAACAUCUAUGGGGACACACCGUUACACUUGGCCUGCUAUAAUGGCAAAUUAGCUGCAGCGAAGGAGAUAAUACAGCUUUCUGGCACAGAAAGUCUUUCAAAGGAGAACAUUUUCAGUGAAACAGCACUUCACAGUGCAUGCACCUUUGGUAAAGACCUGGAGAUGGUCAAAUUCUUGCUGAGCCAGAAUGCAAUGAGCAUCAACUAUCAGGGCAGAGACGGACACACAGCUUUACACAGCGCCUGCUUCCAUGGACACAUCCGCCUGGUACAAUUCUUGUUGGACAGCGGGGCAGACAUGAACCUUGUUGCCUGCGACCCCAGCAGGUCCAGUGGGGAGAAGGAAGAGCAAACAUGCCUGAUGUGGGCUUAUGAAAAAGGUCAUGAUGCCAUUGUCACUUUACUGAAACACUACAAGCGUCCAGACGAUUCUCCAUGUAAUGAGUACUCUCAACCAGGAGGGGAUGGGUCCUACGUUUCUGUCCCGUCUCCUCUUGGAAAGAUUAAAAGCAUGACUAAAGAAAAAGCAGAAGUUCUAGUGCUCAGGGCCAGCCUCCCAUCUCAUUUCCACCUUCAGUUGUCUGAGCUCGAGUUUAAUGAAAUAAUUGGAUCUGGCUCCUUUGGGAGAGUCUACAGAGGAAAAUGCAGAAAUAAGAUUGUUGCCAUAAAACGAUAUCGAGCCAACAUGUACUGCUCAAAGUCAGAUGUGGAUAUGUUCUGCAGAGAGGUUUCCAUCUUAUGCCGCCUCAAUCACCCUUGUAUCAUCCAAUUUGUGGGGGCGUGCUUGGAUGACCCCAGUCAGUUUGCCAUAGUUACCCAGUACGUCUCUGGAGGCUCAUUGUUCUCCCUGCUGCAUGAGCAGAAGAGGCUUAUCGACCUGCAGUCCAAGCUCAUCAUUGCCAUCGACGUGGCCAAGGGCAUGGAGUACCUGCACAACCUCACUCAGCCUAUCAUCCACCGGGACCUCAACAGUCACAAUAUCCUGCUUUAUGAGGACGGACAUGCAGUGGUGGCUGAUUUUGGAGAAUCCAGAUUCCUACAGUCUGUAGAAGAAGAUAAUAUGACCAAGCAGCCAGGGAACUUGCGCUGGAUGGCUCCUGAGGUGUUCACACAGUGUACACGCUACUCAGUGAAGGCAGACAUGUUCAGCUACGCCCUCUGUCUGUGGGAGCUGCUCACUGGAGAAAUCCCCUUCGCUCACUUGAAACCUGCUGCUGCUGCUGCAGACAUGGCUUACCAUCACAUCCGACCUCCUAUUGGCUACUCCAUCCCCAAACCCAUAUCUGCACUCCUAUUGAGAGGUUGGAACUCCUGUCCAGAGGACAGGCCAGAUUUCUCUGAAGUGGUGUCCAACCUGGAGGAAUGCCUGUGUAAUGUUGAGCUGAUGUCUCCAGCCUCCAGCAACAGCAGUGGCUCCCUGUCGCCCUCCUCUUCCUCUGAUUGUCUGCUUGGGCGAGGAGGACCUGGCCGGAGCCACGUGGCUGCCCUGCGCUCCCGUUUUGAGUUAGAGUACGCUCUCAACACUCGAGCCUAUGCCUUCUGGACUCAGAGUGAGCGCCGUCGAGCUUCUGGAGGCCUUUCACUGGAGGAACUCAGGAGGAACAUGCAGUUCUCUCCCAUCGAUCGAAAUGGCUACGUUUCUGAUCCCAUGAGCACCAUGAGGUUCUGCUCUUCCUUCAGCAACAAUGGCAGCUUUGAGGACAGCAACUAAACAACGAUGGAAACCCUUUUUAUUGCAACACUAUUAAUUCAGACAAAGCUAAAUAAAUAGGUGUUAGAAGAAGGCACUGUUAUGUAUACUUAAAGACGCACUACAGAACUUUUGCAAUUUUCCCAGCGAUGCACCCCCUAUUGUCAGCUAAUGUGGCAUCCAUCUUGCAUCCUACCUGUACUGUGAGAUCUCUCCAGCCAGCAAAAUACAGUUUUAUCUUGACUUUUGUUCUGUCCCUGUCUCUCUUUGCCCUUCUCAGCUAACUUUACUGAAUCAGUUAUGGUGCAUUUUCAAAACGGCUGGUGUCCCAGAUGAAAAGGUUGUAUAGUGCAUUUUUUUGGGCCACUUGACGCUGCUGGGCUGGGAUGAUGGCUCCAGAGAUGCACAUGAUAGAUGUCACUGUGCCAUCAAACAAGUCUGGAACACAAAGUUUCCAUAGUUGGGAAAGUUACGUAGUGCGUCUUUAAUAGUCGAUUUAGGUUUAUUUAUUACAAACUGUAUCUAAAAAAAAAAAUAUGUGUGACUUCUUUUUUAUUAUAUAUUUAAAUGUUUUGAUUUUGUGCAAAUAGUUUAUAUCAUCACUGCUUAUGUUAAAAUACAUCCUCUCCUUUGCUUCAAAGAAAAUAAAGACAAAAAAGUGAAAGUCAGUGUUCACACUUAAUAAUUUUAUUAUUAUAAAUUGGCCAGAU